CACGGUGGGAAGCACACAAAGGGAGAGCCCAGUCUCUUGCGAAGUUUGGGUGAACUGUUUGCAAAAAUCUGCCGAGCCCACCCCUCCAAGACCUUCAUUUUCCCCUGCGGCUGCUGUCAUCUGAUCCCACGCUUUGGCUUUGAAUGGGGCUCUCGGAGGAUGCCAGAUGUUGGGAACAAAGGUCUAAAAAUAAUCUUUCCAAGUAAUCUUCCCGUCCAUCACUCAAGCAGAGCGCGAGCUUUGUGUGAACAUGUGAGCCGAGAACCUGAUCUAACUUAAAGAAGUUCAACAGCAGCUCCCGGCUCCUGCCUCUGGGCUCCUUUUACUUUUUCUUUCUUUUUUUCUUUUUUCUUUUUUUUUUUUUUUUUUUUCCGCCCCGCUUUUCCCUUCCCAGAAGCUGCGCAGGGAAAAGCGGCUCUCCGAGCGCUCAGCCCUCACUCUCCCUCCCUCCACAUCUCCCUCUCUCCUUGCCAAGCCUCGGAACCGCCUGGAUUCCGAGAGCCGCGCUCCUUAUUUCAUCUCUCCCUGGAAAUAUGGAUCCCAGGCUGCUGCCAGAGAUGCAUUUCUGUAAAAAGAUCUUCGCUGCAGCCUUGUGUGUCUCGGUCCUGCUGCCGGACCCGGGCUGUGCCAGGACUCUCUGGAAGCGUGCUCUGCUGAAAAUGACGGAGAAAUACGAUGAUUAUGAGUACCCUCUUCAUUCUCACAGUUCCCACUACCAGAAGAACGACCGGUGCCCGCCGCCGCCGCAGAGCCUCCCCGAGCGCGCCUGCGAGGUGCCCAGCUGCCGCUCCGACUCCGAGUGCGAGCGCCACAAGCGCUGCUGCUACAACGGCUGCAUCUACGCCUGCCUCGAGUCCGUGCAGCCCCCGCCAGUCCUGGACUGGCUGGUUCAGCCCAAACCCCGCUGGCUGGGAGGCAAUGGGUGGCUUUUAGAUGGCCCAGAGGAAGUCUUACAAGCCGAGGCCUGCAGCACCACUGAGGAUGGGGACGAGCCCCUGCACUGCCCCACGGGCUACGAGUGCCACAUCAUCAACCCGGGCAACGUGGCCGAGGGCAUCCCCAACAGGGGCCAGUGCAUCAAGCUCCGGGGAAACCCAGAUGGACACAAUCUGAGGCAUAAGUAUUACAAGGAAUAUUUUGGGAGCAAUUCCAACAAUGUGGUCGGCUACGUGAAAGACCAGCAGAAGCAUUUAGGCUAAUUGAAGGUCUGCCUGGCUGGACCACUCUGUCAAGGAAUGCUUUACCCAGCAGCUUUCCGGUCCCACAUCUCCACAAGCACAUCUCCAGCAUCCCCCUGAUCCCUGCCCAUCACUGACAAAAAAAUUUCGUUAUCCAAGGAACAGGAUGAGUCCAGAUUUUAACCCCAUCAGGAGGGGGAGAAGUGUGAUCCCCUGAAGGAAAACACCCUGGUUAUCAGCUGCCCUUCUCCGAGUGAAAUGCAAACACCUCCAAGGGACCCCAGUGAGCCACAGUGCCAUGAUCAGGCUGCUGACACAGAGCCUGCCCUUUACAUGCUUGUUGUGUGACCAAUUCAGAUUUCAGGCCCAUGAACACAACCCAGUGCUACCACAGUGAUGUCAGAAUUCUGCCUAAAUGUCAUAUCUAAGGUGCUUUAAAAUAGGUGAGACUAAAGAGGUUCUCUGGAUCAAAGCCAGGGCCUGCCUGUCUUGAACAACUCCUUUAAAGAAGCCUUUUCAUCAGCUUAAAAUUCAAAGAAACCUGCAAGUCUCUUCUUUGCCUGUUUACAUCCAGGUUUUACCAGGCUUGACAUCCACUCUAAAUGGCUAAACCUGAAGUCUUAAGAAUUUGAGGAAGUCUAAGCUAGGAGCAGAACCAGCUUUAUAAAUGUUUUUAGGUUACUUUCCUUUUCUCAGUCUGGUGAGCUGCAGAUUCAGAGUUAAUAAUGGAACAGAUUCCUUCCUGCAACAUCCAAGCAGACUCACAAAUGCAUGCCAGGCUUUGUAAUGUGCUGGUUUUAGCCAGCACAGUUAAUACUCAAAAAAAAUCUGUGUUUUUGUACCUGCAAAACCUCAGCAAGAGGCCUGAAGUCUGGAUAAUUUGUUAAAUGUAUUAGAAAAGCAAAUCCAGGAUAAAUGUGUGUGAUGACAAGGAUUGUCUGGCAGAUGGGCCACUGCUCCUCAGGACUCCUGUACCUUUGUGUUGGCUUCCAUAAAUCCUUAAGGUCUGGUUAUUUGUAUUUGGGCCUCACAGCUUCUUUUAGCUGUUUACCAUUAUACAAUGGAAAACACAUUUUCUAUUAAGGUUUUCCUUUCCUGUGGCAGUCCUGAAGGGACAGUUGCAUUUAUUGUGACAAAUCAGCCAGAAUUGUUUGGCAGAAAAGCCACAUUUGCUCCAUGGUUUAGUCCACAUCCCCAUCUGCAUGCAUGAAAUUAGCAUUUUAAUUUGCACAGUAGUAGCACUGCAUAUAAAUAUGAAUACCCACUUCACAAGUGCAAGUGCCUGCUUCCACUCACAAAAUACAGGAUUCUCUUUUUUCCACUCACUAAGUGGUUUAAGCUAAAUCCAGGACACCUAUGAACCUCUUGAUACUUUGCAUGUGACGUUUGCAGCUGGAGAGAUGGAAGGUGCCAAACUGCUCUUCUGUUUCCUAUUCUAAGCACAGUCCUGGGUGCUUUACAGAGCAAAGGAACAGCUGAAGGGCUCCACAUUUUCCUGAAUAUCUUCAUUUGUUGAACCCACUUUUUCAUGCCUUUUGUUUUUUCAAAGUGCAAGGCGUUAAAUUGCAACACCACGUUUGGACAGAGCUGUUUGUAGAAUUUUAUCCUGCACAGCUUCCUGCAAUGAGAUCUGAAUUCCUGCUCAGACACAGGAGCCACAGGAUCAGAGAAUUGUGGACUGGUUUGGGUUGGGAGGAGGUUUAAAGCUCAUCAUCCUUCACUGGACCAGCUUAUCCAGCCCCAAAUCUGUAUUUUAUAGUUCCAGUCUCUGUUUAGAGCAGAAACUUGCCACUAUCCUCGCUCCUCAGUGCUGCUCAGUGAAGUGAAUUGAUUUCAGUGAAAUGGAUUGAUUUUGUUCAGCCUUUCUUUCUGCAGAAAAAAAUCAAAUUCUGAUUAAAGGAGCAAAGCCCUCCAAUGAUCACUGUUGAGCCCCGAAGAGUAAAUGCCAAACUGUUCUGUUUUAAACUAAAGAAUCCAGUACCUAAAACCUUGUGAGGAGCUAGUUGAAGAACUGGUGUUGAGCAUUCACAAAUUUGAAAGAUUAAAAAACUUAAAAUCUCAACAUAAUCUCUCAAAGCCGCCCAAACUGUGCUUGAGUGGACACAUUCACUUCAGUGUCUGGGUUUUUUGUGGCUGCAGAAACACGUACCUGUCCACCUGGCUGGGACAGUACAGGAAUUUUUUGCUUGCAAAAAGAAUUUUUAAAAAAAGAAAAUUGGCAAAUUAAUAAUUUGAUGAUGAAUUUCUGUUUACUGGCUGUUAUCAAAGCCAUCACUCUUCUUUCAUGGUGCUAAAAUGUUCAGGAGGUUUUUUUUUUUCCGAGCUAAUUCAAGUUAUUAAUUGUCAAACUCAGAAACAAAAGCCACAGAAAGGACUUGUCAAAGUGCUGUGUUUUCAGCAGUGGCAUCCCUCAGACACUGAAAUGAAAACACAGAGCAGGUGAGUUGUCCUCAGCUGGUCUUCUCUCCAAAGACAGGUGCUUUACCUGGUGCAGCACAGUCGGAAAUGACUGGUGUGGGUUGUUUUAUUUAAUACUUCCAUUAACACUUUGCAGCAUGUUUGGUGCUAUGAUCACCUUCCCUUGUGUCACUUGAGUGCUGACAAUGCCAUGGCCUCCCCCAUCCCCGAGGAUCUGGGAAGCCCCAGGUGCACAGACACGUUCAGGUUCUGCUUUGGUGCUCAAUAAAAAGCGACCAGUCUAUUUUUCA